AUGUCUCGUUGCUUCCCAUAUCCUCCACCGGGAUAUGUGAAGAAUGGUAUUCGCGAUGAGGCUUUGAUUGAAUCGAUCAAGGGGACUAUGGAAGAGGAGCUCAAGAAAUCUUGUGAUUUGAAGCUCCAACGGGAGGGAGAAAAGGCCAAGAAGAAAAGGAAAGAAAGGAAGAAAGAGAAAAAAUUGGAGAAAAAAGAAAAGGAAAAGGUUCAGGGAAGUGAAGCGGUUGAAAGUAAGAAGCACCGACAUAAGAAAAGGCACAAGGAUGAUAGGAACCAAGAAGAUCAAAAAGAAGGAGGUCUUCAAAAGAAAACAGAGAACGAACUUGAGAAGAGUAUCCUUACUGAAGAACAUGGGCAUCCGCACCAAAAGACGCUGAGCUCACCCCUUGAUGGUGAGAAUAAUUCUGGUGAGUGCCUAUGUGUUUUUGCUUUUCGAUGGGGAGGCUGUUUGCUUAUUGGGUUUGUUUUCUUCACAUGGGCACUGAUGUUCUUUCUUCAAAUUGUUAUUAUUAAUACGAAGGAAGCAGCAUCCGAAUCCGGUUGCCUUUCCAAAGGCAAAAUGAUCCAGAAGUUUACCCAGCAGGGAAUAGCCUUGCUCUGCCUCUGGGGGGACUGA